AUGCAUCCGCUAUUGUCAUACAAAGAUAGGGGCAUUGAUUUACAAACAAAUAAUGGAGACAUAUGGUGUUUUCCGUAUAUAUCUACCUUGUUGGAAGAUCUUCCAGAAAAUGCUACACAAACGUUAACAUACUCGAUUAACAGUAAAUAUCCUUACCAUAAAUGUUUAAUUUCUAGAGAAGAUUUGAAUAAUUUAAGAUUAAGCAAUGAUGAAAUAGAAUUAAGAACGCCAACAACCAUGAAAAAUAUUGUAAAUCAACGCCUCGCUUAUCAAUAUUCGAUAUAUGACAUGAAUAAUAUUUUUUGGAAAUAUCCUCAACUUGAUAUAUAUUUAGCAACAUACCCAGAUAGGAUGCAUCAUCUCGAUCUAGGAUUGUAUAAAUAUCAAGUAAUUUAUACACAAGAAAUGUUGAAAAAUCUAUGUGGACAAGUGGCAGUUGAUGAACUUGACAAAUGCUUAGCCACUAUUCCUAGAUUUCUAGGGCUUAAAAUUUUCAAACAUGGAUUAGAAAAUAUUAAGCGCCUUACGAAAUUAAUAACAGAUUGGAUAACAGCAUUUGUGAAACUAUUCCAACACUAUUCCCGAUCUGAACUUAAAUUGCCCAAACUACACAAUUGGGUGUAUCACAUCAUUAAUUCAAUUGAAGAGUUUGGUGCAAUUAAUGGUUAUACAACAGAAACAUACGAGUUUUUGCACAAAGAUUACGUCAAAAAUCCAUACAGAUCAAGUAACAAACGAGAACUAAUGGGACAAAUUAUUAAUACAGUUCAACACAAAACAACGUUAAAAUACUUGAUACAUCAAACUAAACAAAAAAAAUCUCAAAAAUUCACAUCGUUAAAGGGGUUAUUGGGAAAAUUUGCAUUAGAAAAUUUUGACGAAUUUUUUGAUAGUUAUAAGGAAAAAAAUAGUCUUGCUUCUGAUGCUUUGUUAGCGUUAAGCCAAUUUCUCAUAGUUUUAAAUGAGUUUUUUGAUUUAGAUGAUAAUUUAACCGAGGAGAUGAUUAUUAAUAAUACAAUUAUUUCUUGGUAUAGUUAUACAAAUAUGACUGCUAGUGGAGAUUGUGUUCGAGCAGUUAGCAAGUACUAUAAUGAACCAGAAUUUAGUAAUGUUUCAAUUAAUAUGAAUGUUGAAGAAGCUGAAGAUUAUAAUACCAAUGAAGGAACAUGUUUUGGAAAAGUAUUAUUUGUUUUAUUAUUGAAUAUAUUAUAUAAUAUCUAA